GAGAGAGUCUCAACGCGGUCCCUUUUAUGCAAAUGAAGCUGCUCUUUCUCGUCCAAUUAGCGCCGACGCCGCUUUACCUGUUCAGCCUCGUGCCGCCCUCUCCCCAAGGCUGUCAAUCAUUCCAUGGUUGCCUGGGUAACAGCGGCCUAAACAACCGUUCCUGCAGCGAAGCCUGCCUUGGUUCUUUCUUGAGGGGAGCAGAGAGCGAGCCCUUUGCCGUCUGCGGCAGAGGCAGUACCAGCCUGUGAAUAUGUCAGAUGAGGAACCCGAGGAUGAUGAUGCUGAAGACCUGCAAGAAGAUGAAGGGGAGGGAGAAGAGAAGGAGGCUGGGGAGGGAGAAGAGGAGAAGGAGGCUGGGGAGGAGGAGGAAGAAGAAGAAGAGCCCCAAGUUUCAAACCCUCUCACUGAGGACAUCAUCAAGGAAGGCCUCUCACUUUUAUGUAAAACUGGCAAUGGCCUGGCUCAUGCCUUCGUAAAAUUAGAGAUCAAAGAAAAAGAACUGACAGAUAUUACCCUCAUCCAAAACUUCAUCCACUUACGCUAUGUAGACCUAUCAGAAAACCUGAUUCGAGACAUGUCUCCAUUAUCAAGUCUUACACAUUUGCUGUGGCUGAAAAUGGAUAGCAAUCGGCUAACCAGUGCCAGCAUGGAGGAGCUGCCAUAUCUGCAGAAUGCCAGCUUUGCCAACAAUCACAUAAAAGACACCAUUGGCAUUAACCACCCACGCCUGGCCAGCCUCAACCUGAAAGGUAACGAAAUCGAGAAAAUAUCAGAGCUGGAUCCGGAAAAGUUGUCAAAUCUGCACACACUAGAGUUGCGUGGCAAUAGCCUAAAGUCUACAGAUGGACUCUACCUGCCUAAGCUCAAAAAUCUGUACCUGGCCCAAAACUCCAUUACCUAUCUAGAGGGCCUGGAAGGCCUGGAACAGCUCACAACUUUACAUCUGCGUGACAAUCAGCUUGAAACUCUGGAUGGUUUCUCAGAGAGUAUGAAGUGUCUUCAGUACCUCAACAUACGGGGAAAUGGAAUCGGCCAAAUCCAAGAGGUGUCGAAGUUGGAGGUGCUGCCAAUGUUACGAGCUCUGGUUCUUCUAGACAAUCCUUGUUCUGAAGAAGGAGACUACCGGAUAGAAGUCCUGGUACUGCUCCCGCGCCUUGAACGCCUUGAUAAAGAUUUCUUUGAGGAAGAAGAACGAGCUGAAGCUGAAGAUAUACGUCAGCGACGAAAGGAAGAAGAAUUGGAACAAGAAAGAGAAAGAGAGAGAGAAAAAGAACUAGAAGAAACAGAGGAUUUUAUCCCGGAGGAGGAAGUACCAUUGGAGUGACAUGGGUACCAAUCCCCAGGGUGGAGCUGGAGGUGUCAGCUGCCUUCCAGAGGCUUCUCUGCUGUCUUUUGCAGCGCUAACCUACACAACAGUACUUUCCUGGCAUCCGGAAGUACCAGCUGCACUGCUGUUUCAGAAGAGCCAGACUCUCUUUGCAGGGUGUUGGAGGGGGAGAGCUGUCUGUGCUUUCAAUCAAGAGUUGUGAUUUGAGGCAUGUGAAUUAUUUUUUAAAAAAUCCUGUCUGAUAAAGCUCAACUGCGUGUUUUGCUUUUGGCAUCCCAUUCCUGCAGCACUGUCCACCCCUCCCUUCCCUGUCUCUCUCCAUCCUCUACGUGCUGUUUGCAAAGCUCCCUUGAAAUCCUGACUCAUCACGGCUCUGGGUCACAUGCUGCCACCAAGGCCCUAUCAGGGGCGGCUCCAUCCCAUUGCUGUUUUUGCUGCUGCCACUGGCUCAGAGGACAGAGCAGCUCCCCUUCCAGCCCUGCAUCCUUGAUCUUGCCAUCCCGCUCCUCUUAAGUGGUGUGCUUUGGCCAACCUUCCUACUUCUGGACUAGGAAG